GAUGAUAAGACUAUAAAUACAAAAAAUACAUGGAUGAUAAUUAUAUAUAAUUGAAGGUUGGAAGAAAACCACACAAAAAUAGAUGGGGAGUAUGAUGAUGAUGACGAUGAAGAAGGUUUUCAUCAUUCUAUCUUCUGUUCACUCUUUGUUUUUCCUAUUAAUUUUGCCAGUAAACUCAAAUUUGAUUCCUGAAAGCUUCAUCCACUGCCUAUCUUCUGAUCACCAAUUCCCAUCAAACACUUCUAUUCUAAGUGUAACUUAUGUUACAACAAAUGCAUCCUAUCAAUCUUUGUUACACUCUUGCGUUCAGAAUCUCAGAUUCUUGUCCUCUGACACCCCAAAGCCUCUGGCCAUAAUCACUGCCCUAGAAUACUCCCAUGUCCAAACUGCAGUCACAUGUUCCAAAUCAAAUGGACUACAGAUCCGAAUCCGAAGCGGUGGCCAUGACUUUGAAGGCCUAUCCUACAGGUCACAGGUUCCAUUUGUUAUACUUGACCUAAGAAACCUGAAAUCAGUUAGCAUUGACAUUGAAGAUGGGAGUGCUUGGGUGGAAUCAGGCGCGACACUCGGCGAGUUGUACUACGCCAUUGCUGAGAAAAGCCCGGUUCACGGCUUUCCAGCUGGUUCAUAUCCAGGUGUUGGCAUCGGUGGACAUUUCAGUGGGGGUGGAGUAGGGUACCUUGUUAGGAAAUAUGGGCUAGCUGCUGAUAAUGUCAUUGAUGCACUCGUAGUCGAUGUUAACGGGCGAAUCCUGGACAAGGAAUCAAUGGGGAGUGAUCUAUUCUGGGCUAUCAGGGGAGGUGGAGGAGGAAGCUUUGGAGUUGUUCUAGCUUGGAGAAUCAAGUUAGUCCAAGUUCCUGCAGUUGUCACAGCAUGCAAACCAAUCAGGACAUUUGAGCAUGGUGCAAUUGAUCUUCUGCACAAAUGGCAAUAUGUACAACCAAAACUUAGUGAAAAGAUAACCAGUUUGCCAGUGUCAAACAGAUUGGGAGUAGAAUUUAAUUUUCUGUUCUUAGGCAGAGUUGAGGAACUCCUGGAAAUGACGGAAGAUGAAUUUCCAGAACUCCAGCUGAGGAAAGAAGAUUGCAGUGAGAUGAGUUGGAUUGAAUCUGUCCUGUUUCUGUCUGGAUAUCCAGGUGGAAACUCCAUAGAAAUCUUGAAGAACAGGGCUUAUAACCCGUUUCGGGUUCAUCUCAAGCUCAAAACAGACCUAAUUCAUCAACCUUUACCUUAUGAAGCAUUUGAAGGGAUGCGGAAAUGGAAUACAGGUGUGGAUUCCGGAAGCAUAUUUUUCCAGUCUUACGGUGGAAUCAUGAAGAGGAUAUCAGAAUCAGAACUCCCAUUCCCACAUCGAAAAGUUCAGUAUGAAAUCCUGUAUCUAAUGGGAUGGAUGGAAGGUGACAAAAAAGAUGGCGAAAAAUCAUCAUCAGAAAAGUACAUUCAUCAGCUAGGAGAGUUGUAUGAGUUGAUGACACCUUAUGUUGCAGACAACCCAAGAAGUGCAUAUGUGAAUUCCAGGGAUCUUGAUCUUGGGACAAAUGAUGUUUUUGGAACCACAACAUAUUCUAAAGCUGAGAAUGACUGGGGGUUGAGAUACUUCAAGAAUAAUUUCAGGAAGCUGGCCAUCAUCAAAGCUGAAGUCGAUCCAACCAAUUUUUUCAACCAUCAACAAAGCAUUCCGCCACUAUUUGUUACUCAUCACAAUGAGUUGUAAGAAAAUCUCAGUUCCUUUCACCAACAAUGCUCUUCUCAAGAUUUUAGUAUAUUGUAAGAAGUUCUGUUGAUUCGUGUGGUUUGAGUAAAAGACAGCCGGCUUCUUUCUUUUGGAAAAGGUACAUGUCGUUAUAUAGACAAAACGAUACAUUAACUAUUACAUUGCAUUUUAUUAUAUGCUAAAGUUGGGAAUCUUUUAGUUGUUCAAA